UCGCCGAUGGUUCGCCUCUUCCAUAUGGCGCCGCAGGACGGGCUCUGGCCUCUUGUGACAAGCGUUUAAAAGGCGCUGGUGUGGCUUUCACUUCCUUCACUUAUUCGUUCAAUACCCCCGGUUUUGUCAACACAAAAUCGAGUGCUCUGACCUGCGUCAUAUAUCCCUAAGUUCUUGUUUGAUGCACAACUGGUCAAUGAUGAACCGUGUGCGAUUCAGCUGGUUGCUUUCAAUUGUGUUUUGCUGUGUCAAUGCCCAUGCAUUGCGAAUCCUGGUGAUAGGAGAUGGAGAUAAAUCAACGCAGCCGUAUGUCGAACUCGCGUGGAGCGGAUGUCCAUCGGCCAUCGCGGCAUACGGAAACCCAGCAACCGAUAGCUGUACUUACGAUUACAAGAGUGCCAGCAGUGAUGCUGGCUUUCUCAACAAUUUGCGAGGCUACUUGAAUGGCACGUACGGCGGUGGUACUUACGAUCAUUACGUUCUCAUCUCGUCAAAGUACGCCAAGCAACUUCCCGGCUGCAUCAAGGAGUUCCCGAAUGUUAAGAUCUCGACCUCGUCAGUCAGCUACCCAGCCACCUCCGACUAUGCGAAUGUGCAGGGCGCAAUCUUCUCCGAAGAUGAGUCCGGCUUCUUGGCUGGAGCCCUUGCAGGACUCAGCAGCACAUCCAGGAUCGUUGGAGUCAUUGGUGGACAGCCCAAUACCGCAGUGCUAAAGUAUACCAACGGCUAUGUGAUGGGUGUGGGGAUCACAUGCCCUAGCUGCCGUGUUCUCCGCAAAUAUGCCACGUCGUUUACGAGCACCUCUGAGGGACAAGCAAUCGCUGCAGAGUUCAUAGCGUUGGGAGCAGACAUCAUUUUCGGCGCCGGUGGCAGUACUGGCUCUGCGGGCAUCCAGUAUGCCGCCCGGAAAGGUGUCUUCGUAAUCGGAGUUGACAGUGAUGAAGGGCUAGCCUUACCGUUUACCAACACCAGCGACAUUGCCAGCCGAUACAUCCUCAGUUCCGCAAUGAAGCGGGUUGACCAGUCGGUAUUGCUUAGCCUGAAGGACCGCUUCGCCGGCAACUUUGCUCAGACCAAUCGCAUCAUGGAUGCUACUGCCGGCGGCGUGAGCUUAGCUGCAUGGAGAUCGGCCGAAGCUUCGGCAUUGAUGGCACGCACUGUCCCUUUGAUCAUGCGUGGCAGCAAUAAUUCAUGCCCUAUCACGACCUAUCGAACCUGUGCGGACCAUCUUGCGUCAAUCAAACAACAAUUGCAAGGGAAAGCAAUUUCCACCAAGAUCAGCUCGACAGGCCUUUUCACGGCUACAUCCUCCGCGACGUUGUCACAAACACCCGGAACCUGGGUUGAAUUAAGUGGCGUAUUCGGCAUGUCCCCGCCGGACCUGGAAGGUGCCACCUUCAUCAGGCUUCCCGGAACGAACAAAGCUGUUUUGUACGGCGGAGCGGACGGCACAGGAGCCCUAAACGCUUUCACGUAUCUCUUUGACUUUGACUACCGGCAGUGGAGCGUGAUUUCAGAUGCUACUGUGGCCAGCAGCACCAAACCCGUACCUCGAAUCCAACACGUUACCGCUGCGUUGGAUUCGAAAACCAUUUUCGUACAAGGUGGCAGGGCUGGCUUAGGAUCGAACGCUACCCUGGGCGACAUGUGGACUCUUGAUAUAGUCACAAAAACUUGGACCAAAUUGUCGAUGGAUCUCCGUCUCUCCGGCCAUGCUGGUGCCCUUGUCGAAAACAAGCUGUACAUGUUCGGUGGUGUGACGGCAGAUCAGAAGCUGUCCUCCGACCUCUACCAGCACAGCUUCGCCGACGGAUCUCUCACUACUGUCUUGCCGGCUUCCGCUAAGGUUUUGUGGCCCGAGGGUCGGCAACAGGCGACAUUGACAGCUAUCAAUAGCACUCACAUGGCGCUGUUUGGGGGUGGUAUAGCGAGCGGCCUAACCAACAGUUUACACAUCUACGCAAUCGAAGGGAAGGAGUGGAUCCCCGUCAAUCCGGCUGGUGUAGCCCCCGCUAUCGAAGGACAUGCUGCAGUCCUUGUGGAUCCCCACCGUAUCCUGUACAUCGGCGGUCGCACGGCCAACUCGGCGAGUCCCGACACGUUCUUUUACAACACUGUCCAAGGAAAAUGGGUCUUCACCGAGUCCGGGAAACUACCGCUGGGCACCAACUCACCAGCCGCUAUGACGCUUGUACAAGCCGAAGCGGCAAAUGCGUGCGUUGCCAGUGAACUACCCGAUGCGUUACUAUGCAAGCCAAGCACCAAGCCGUUGGUGUUUGUGUUCGGCGGGUCCCAACAAGGAUACGGUGCCACAAACGCAUUCUACUUGUCCCAGCCUUUGGACGAAGUGCCGCCAAGGCCCAUUGUCAAACUGAACGUUGCAAUGGUUGCCGUUCUGAACCUUUUAGCAUCUUUCGGAAGUUUAGCCACGGUUGCGUCGAUGAUCGGGCUUAUCAUGUUUAGAAAACAUCCAGUCGUUGCCUCGGCGUCGCCUGCCUUUGCUGUCCUUACGACAUUGGGUAUCCUCUUGGGCCACCUGUCCGUUUUCACUCACGUAAAUAUCGGCGCAACCAAGACCGGUCUCACCGCAACCAUCUGGUUGAUGUCCACAGGGUUUAUUAUGUCUUUCGCGGCCAUGUUCGUGAAGACCCACAGAAUCUACCGGAUCUUCAACUCGAAAAUCCGCAUCAACCUUCCGCAAAGUGUUUUACUUCUUCGCGCGACUGCCAUCUGUGCCGUGGUUUGGGUAAGUGCACCGCGCUUUGCCUGGAUCAUGCAAAGCUCUGCACAAUGAUCAGGUAUCGAUAACAUCUUGCCCAUCAUCGUUUGCAGAUUUAUAUCAUAGUCUGGACAACGGUGUGGCCCAUCCGAGAAGAACUUGUAGCUGACGGGGCCAGCGACUGGAUUCGAGGAACGGGCGACCA